GCGAAGCUUCUGAAAACCGGAAUGUCCUUUCUGGCUCUCCGUACUUUGCUGGCAACAUGGCGACCUCCUUGUAAGACACGCUGGGGCUGGAAUAAUCAAGUCGCUAAAAAAAUAAACGUUAUUUUUUGACGCUUAGUAUAAGAAGAUAAUCAAAAAUGUCGGGGCGUCACAAUAACAAAUUACCGACGAACCUCCCACAGUUGCAAAAUUUGAUCAAGAGGGAUCCAAAGUCCUACACGGAGGAGUUUUUGCAACAGUAUCGUCACUAUCAGUCAAAUGUGGAGAUCUUUAAACAUCAGCCUGACAAAUCCAACAAAGACCUGUCAGAGCUGGUCAUGUUUCUGGCUCAGGUUGGGCACUGUUACUUAGAGGAGCUGUCAGAUUUCCCUCAGCAGCUGACUGAUCUGCUCUUAAACCAUCAUACGGUGCUGGAGCCGGAUCUCAGAAUGACUUUUUGUAAAGCGCUCAUUCUCUUGAGGAACAAAGAUCUGAUCAGUCCCACCAGUCUUCUGGGGCUGUUCUUUGAGCUGCUGCGCUGUCAUGACAAACUUUUGCGGAAGACUUUGUAUACCCAUAUUGUGACCGAUAUCAAGAAUAUCAAUGCUAAGCACAAAAACAACAAACUGAACACGACCUUACAGAACUUCAUGUACACCAUGCUGAGGGAUUCGAACCCCAUUGCUGCCAAAAUCUCUCUGGAUGUGAUGGUUGAGCUUUACAGAAGAAAUAUCUGGAAUGACGCCAAAACCGUGAACGUCAUCACCACAGCGUGUUUCUGCAAAGUCACAAAGAUCCUUGUCGCUGGAUUGAAGUUCUUCCUGGGAAAAGAUGAGGAUGAAAAGAAAGACAGUGAUUCAGAGUCUGAGGAUGAUGGGCGAACAACCAGAGAUCUAAUGAUUCGAUAUUCCACUGGAAAGAAAUCUUCCAAAAACAAGAAGAAACUGGAGAAAGCCAUGAAAGUUCUCAAGAAACAUAAAAAGAAGAAAAAAGUGGAAGUUUUUAAUUUCUCCGCUAUCCACUUGAUCCAUGAUCCACAAGAUUUUGCAGAGAAGCUCCUGAAGCAGCUGGAGAGUUCAAACGAGCGUUUUGAGGUGAAGAUCAUGAUGAUGGAGCUCAUCUCUAGACUCGUGGGAAUUCAUGAGCUUUUCCUCUUUAAUUUCUAUCCGUUUGUCCAGCGGUUCCUUCAGCCUCACCAGAGAGAGGUCACCAAAAUUCUGUUGUGUGCCGCCCAGGCGUCACAUCAGCUGGUCCCUCCUGAGACCAUUGAGCCAGUCAUCACAACCAUCGCCAAUAACUUUGUUACAGACAGAAAUUCAGGAGAGGCCAUGACAGUUGGAAUCAACGCCAUAAAAGAAGUGGUCGCCCGCUGUCCUCUCUCAAUGUCAGAAGAUCUGCUUCAAGAUCUUGCACUGUACAGAUCUCACAAAGAUAAAAAUGUUGUGAUGUCUGCUAAAGGUCUAAUCCAGCUCUUCAGGGAUCUCAAUCCACAGAUGCUACACAGAAAAGACAGAGGGAAGCCCACAGAAUCCUCCAAGGAGGCCAAAAUUCAGAACUAUGGAGAAUUGGAGGCCAAAGACUACAUCCCUGGAGCUGAAGUGCUGGAAGUAGAGGAGAAAGUAGAUGAAGAGGAAGAUGAUGAUGGCUGGGAGAGCGCCAGCAUGAGUGAGGAUGAUGAUGGCGAGUGGGUGAACGUCCAUCACUCCUCUGAUGAAGAUCAAACAGAAGUGACUGAGAAAUUACAGAGUAUCCCAGAGGACGAGCGCAAAGCUAAAGCUACGGCGGUCAGCACCAGUCGACUCCUCACACAGGACGACUUCAAAAAGAUCCGCGUCGCUCAGAUGGCCAAAGAGGUCAGCACUGCACCCGGAAAGGGACAGAAGAGGAAGAAUGUGGAGAGUGAUGAAGAGGAGCAGAGAGGUGAGUUACUUAGUCUAAGAGACAUUGAACGUCUUCACAAGAAACCCAAAUCUGACAAAGAAACACGACUGGCAACAGCGAUGGCUGGGCGGACAGAUAGGAAAGAGUUUGUUAGAAAGAGGAGUAAGCUAAACCCAUUCGCCAGCACCAGUAACAAGGAGAAGAAACGUAAAAAGAACUUCUUGAUGAUGAAACACAGUCAGAAUGUGAGGACCAAAGGAAAACGCUCCUUCAGAGAUAAACAGAUUGCAUUAAGAGAUGCACUCUUGAAGAAGAGAAAACACAAGUAAUUCUCACCUGUGACAGACUGGAGCUGAUUUGAUGGUUCAUAUCAUGAUAUGAUCUCUGUGGACCAUUCUGUGUACAGGAAGACAAUAUACAGACUUCUUGGCUGUGUGGAUUUUCAUGUUGUCUUUUAAUAAAUCAUUUAAACAGUUGAAA